AUCGCCAUGAAUGUCGUUCAGAAUAUCAAGCGCCUAAAUGAAGCUGAGGCACGGACGGGGCUGGACCAGACUGCGUCCUGGCACGAGCAGUACAAGGACAGCGCGUAUAUAUUUGUCGGCGGGCUCCCCUUCGAUCUGACCGAAGGCGAUGUCAUAUGUGUGUUCUCGCAGUACGGUGAGAUUGUAAAUAUCAACCUCGUGCGCGACAAGGAAACAGGGAAAUCCAAGGGCUUUGGAUUCUUGCAGUACGAGGACCAGCGGUCGACAAUCUUGGCCGUCGACAACCUGAAUGGAAUAACGCUGCUAGGCAGGGUGCUGCGAGUCGACCAUGUCAACAACUACAGGCAGCCAAAGCGGGACGGCGAGGACGAGGUGGAGGAGUUC